CUGUACUUAGCUGGUCCGGAGGGCGAAAUCAGCCCCCGCCCAGUCAAUAGAAAAAACUAAACCGGCUCAAGAGCCAUAACAUCAUGCCGAAACAAAGGAAAAAACCCCUUCUCAACCCAAUCAAAAUUGAGGAAAGAGCUAGAAUUCUAAGCCAGAAAAUUGGCAACACCAUUACUACCAUCACAUACAAACAAAAGCUCAAAAGAGAGAUGGUUGCAUAUCAUCACAUAUCAAAAUAUCUAUCAGCAUAAGCAUCAUAUUCAUCACAUAAUCAGUUAUCACUUAUCAAUAGAAAACCAACCACACAACUUUUACAUACAUUUUCUGCUAAAUCCAACAAAUAGAGAUGAUCCUCUAUUCUCUGCAUCUUCCAACUCCAUCUUCUUCUCCUCACUCUCACUCUCACUCUCACUCUCACUCUCCUAACCCUAUCCCCUACCGUCACCCAAACACAAACGGUUACAUCAAGUUCAGAACAACCUACCGCGAAAACCUUCGUUACCUCACAACAUUAACCUUAAUCCACCCAAAAACCCAACCCAACAACCUCCCUCUCCCCGACGCCGUCGACCACAUCCUCGCCACCGUCAGCUUCCUCAAAUCCCAUUCCUUCUCCGACGCCGACAUCCCCCGCCUCGCCCGCCACUUCCCCCACCUAUUCUCCACCUCAUUCGACCCCGCCGACAUCGCCCCCGUCUUCCGGUUCCUCUCCGGCGACCUCCUCGCCACCGCCGAAGAGUCCCGCGGCCUCAUACUCCGCUGCCCGAACCUCUUGUUCUCCGACGUCAACCUCUGCCUCCGGCCGACGCUACAGUUCCUCCGGGAGGUCGGGGUGUGUGGUCUGAACCGGCCCACGAACCGGAACGCGCACCUGCUGAACACGCGCGUGGGGAAGCUGCGCGUGAAGGUGAGGUUUCUGGAGGAGGACGUGGGGUUGUCGUAUGAGGAGGCGGUUAACGUCUGCGCGAGGUUGCCGGCGAUCUUCGGGUACGACGUGGAGAACAAUUUGUGGCCCAAGUUUGCGUUUCUGGUGGAGGAGAUGGAGAGGGAUUUGGAGGAGUUGAAGAAGUUUCCUCAGUAUUUUGGGUUCAGUUUGGAGAAGAGGAUUGUGCCGAGGCAUUUUCAUUUGAAGGAGAGGGGCGUGAGGAUCCCAUUGAACCGAAUGUUGAUGUGGGGUGAUGGCAAGUUCUACGCCAAGUGGAAGUAGCAACACCAUCACCACCACUACAUUGAAAUGUUUGUUUGGGAGUCGAAGCCGCCAGCACGGACGUUAUUUCAUGUAUAUCAAUGCACUAACGGAGAAGUUAGAAUUAUUAGAGAAGCAAACUUUUGACAUGUCGACUUCAGCGUGGAUUCUGAUUGAAUUCAAUGAAAACCAAACUCACAAUGAACUCAAGUCUUGUAUUGCUGGCUUCAAUCUUCAUUACAUGAAAUUUCACACUAGUCCAUGAGGCAAUUCA